AUGUCGUUCGUCCGGUCUCUUCGAGCAGUACCUCUGCGAGCACUACGCACCACGCCGCCUUUGCUGCUAUCUCGAAGCAUGACUAGCUAUCAGCACACCAUCCUGCACCGCACGCAUCCUUCGGUAGCGCAGCUGGUGACCGAGCUACACGCGCAGUCGGAGCAGCAGGAUGCGCAGGGCACGGGCAUCUCUUCGCUCAACUCGCAGGAGGUGCAGAAGCGCGACUUUAGCAGCUUCAGCCACAAGAUGAUCGCGCUCGAGCAGGACAAGGCGGAGCUGAUCUAUGCGGUGCUGCGCAACAAGAAGGCGACGCGCAUCUUUGAGGCCGGCACCUCGUACGGCGUGUCGACGAUCUAUCUGAUGAUCGCCUCGCAAGCCGCAGCUGCCGCCGCUUCGGCCGAAAAGCCGAUGGUGUGGGGCACGGAGAAGGAGGAUCACAAGGCGGAUGCUGCGGUGGCCAAUGUCGCUACGGCGCUAAAGCUGCCUAAGGGCACGAGUGAUAUCCCCGGCUUCACAAUGUUGCGAGGCGACAUCCUGGAGCAGACUCGAAGGUCCAACAUCGAGAAAAACAGCCUAGACGCUGUGCUGUUUGACAUCUGGGCCGAACUGGCGCUGCCGACGUUCAAGCUGCUCGAACCUUCGCUCAAGGCGGACGCGGUGCUGUUCAUCGACAACUGGCUCACCGGCGUCGAGAUCGGCACGUAUACGGCGUUCAAAGGGUAUCUCGAGGCGCAAGGCUGGUACGUGGCUGCGAUGCCCUUCAAGAAUGGACUCGGCAUGGCCGCUCGGGUCUAG